AUGAAAAGCUUCGCAGUCGUCGUGCUAGCGCUGGCCGCCGCAGAGGCGCUGCAACUGCACCCCGCCGGCGCUAAUGGCGCUGUGCGUACCGCCGGCGCUAUUGGCGCUGUGCGUACCGCUGGCGCGCUGCGUCCCGCCGCCCGUCGCAGCGGCGAAAUUCAUCUCCUCGACAAGAAGGGCGAGGCGCAUAGCACCGUCGUCUUUCUGCGCCACGGGCAGAGUACGUGGAAUGCCGACUCGCUCUUCACGGGCUGGGCCGACGUCGAACUGACGACGCUGGGCAAGAACGAGGCCGCGGGCGCCGCGGCGACCCUCUGGAAGGAGGGCAUCGAGUUUGACGUCGCCUACUGCAGCCGGCUCAAGCGUGCGAGGCAGACGCUCGAAAUCGUGCUCAGCAUCUCCGGCCAGGAGGAGGUGCCUGUCAACGCGUGCUGGCGACUGAACGAGCGAAUGUACGGCGGGCUGACCGGUCUCAACAAGAAGGAGACGGCCGCCAAGUAUGGCGACGAGCAGGUCAAGCGGUGGCGCCGCUCGUACGACGUCCCUCCUCCCCCGGUCGAAAAGGACUCGCCGUUCUACCCGGGCAACAACCCGCAGUACUACCACAUCCGGGAGGAGGAGCUGCCCCUGUCAGAGUGCCUUAAGGCGCGCGCCCGGGCGGACACGCUCGAGCGCACGCUUCCCUACUGGGAGAGCGACAUCGUGCCGGCGCUGACCAAGGGCAAGACGGUGCUCGUCGCGGCGCACGGCAACUCGAUCCGAGGCAUCCUCAAGCACCUCGACGCCAUCCCGGACGAGGAGCGAGAUCAGCCGAGAUCAGUCGAGAUCAGCGUCCCCCUCGUCUACCAGCUCGACGCCUCCCUCAAGCCCAUCGCCGCGGAGGGCGCCGUCGCGCCGCUGAGCGGAGUCUUCCUCGGCAGCGCGGACACGAGAUCUCGGCUGAUCUCGGCUGAUCUCGGCUGA